GCUGCACGCCCACAGAUCCUGGACGAAGAUGAACUGCUAGUCAACCGGAUUGGCAUGGUGGCCGGAGCGGUGGGAAACACUCUGUCGCAGAUCUUCUUCGGCACCAACGAACUCCGGUCGGAGGUAACGUUUUGGUGUGCCAAUCGGGAUCAUGGCGAUUACAUGCAAGUGACAAUAAACGAUCCGGACGUGCACUACAAGGUGGAUGUGUCGAAGCCGCUGAUGAUGCUGACCCACGGUUGGACCGAUAAUGUGAACCGAACCUGGGUAAAGGAAACCGUUGCAGACUACAUCGAAAACAUUGGAGGGAAUGUAUGUGCCGUAGAUUGGAGCCGGUUGGCGUUGGUAGAGUACAAUCUGGCAGCGAAGAACACUCCAAAGGUCGGCCGAUAUCUGGCGAAGUUCGUAAAGUUCCUGUUGAAGCAGGGUAUGACGAUGGAUCAGGUGACCUUGGUGGGUCACAGUAUGGGAGCGCACAUUUCCGGCAUUGCUGGACAUGCGCUGGACGGAACGGUACCGAUGAUAAUUGGAUUGGAUCCGGCAGGACCGGCGUUCACCAAGCCGUUCCUAGUACCGGAGAGUAAGAGACUGGACAAGAGCGAUGCGGUGUUUGUGCAGGCCAUUCACACCGACAAGAACAUCAUUGGGACCACGUUGAACGUGGGUCAUCAGGAUUUCUACACUAAUAAUGGGGCGAGCCCGCAGCCGGGAUGCGAGUUUCCGCUAGUCAAUAACGAUACUACGAAAUCGUAUCUGCAAUUCAUCUGCAGUCACUUCAAAGCGGUCGAGUACUUCCGCGCCUCUCUGAACCGAGGAAACAUCUUCGAGGGCACCAACUGCAACUCGUACAACAACUACAAGCGAGGUGAAUGCACCAAAAACACCCGAUCGGACUUUGGUCUGUUCAACAACAAGCAGGCCCUCGGACCGUUGUACAUCGCGAUAGACAAAACCGUGUAUCCGUACGCUAAGUCGAUAGCCCGACGAAAUAGAUGAACGUUUUUAUGCUGCGUUGAAAGUGCCCUAA